AUGUCUUUUAAAUCUAGAUAUGAAAGGGAUGAAUAAGAAGAAAAAAAAACCCAUUCUGAGCAAGAAACAGACGUAACAAAGGCUUAGAGAGAGAAUUCUAAAUAUAUAAAAAGGGAAGCAAUUAAGACUCCUAAAUAAUAUCAAAACAUCUAGGAAUAAGGGAAGGGUUUCUUUUAUAUACUCCUCCUUAUAUAAGCACUAAUAAUCCUUGGUUCCUAUUAUUUGUAGAUGGAACACUUCUAUUACGAUGCAACUGAUGGAGCUCAGAGCAAUAGUGCUGCUUUUAAAGAAUAUUGCAAAAAUACUAAUUAUUGUCAAAAAUUUAUUUAAAAAGAUGGGAAUAAAAGUGAAAUGUAUAAAAUAGUGAACUAUUGGCCUAAUCAACUUCACUGGAUUAGUUUAAUUGCUUAUCCUUUAGUUUUAAUGUUCCAAUAUUUCAUUAGAGACAUAAGUUUCUUGGUAUAUAGAUUUUUAACUUAUUUAGAGAAAAAUUGCAUUUUUAUUUACCUUUAUUUCAUAUCCAUGUUUAUUUUUGUUUGUGUAGAUAAUUUCAGUAUACAUAAGAAAUUAUUUUGGUAUUAAAAAAAGUUAUCUUAAUAGAAUAUUAUAUAGAAUAUUUAUAGGCUGUGUUUUGGAUUUAUUUAGCAUUUGUUGUUUUCUUCAUACUCAAUCAAUUUGUCUUAGAGAUUAAAAAUUAAGAAAAUUAGAAACUAACUUACUUGAUUUUUUUGGCAUUUAUUGUUAAUUUUUUAUACAAUACGCUUUUUUAAACAUCUGCUAAUUGGACUUUUUAUAUAUUAACAAUUGUUUAUAUACAUACAUAUUUUAACCAUAUAGAUGCAAAUUUAUUUCAAGUAGAAACUUUAUUCAUAUUAUAGCAUAAUAAAUAUAAUGAAAAGAAUAAAGCGCUAAUUAGAAUAAUAUUUAAUAAAUUAUUGAAACCAUUAAAAGUAAAAGUUGAUAGAAACUAAUUCAAUAAUCAUAUUGUCUUAAAUAAAAGGUUUACUAUUUUUUAUGCUAUAAUUAUUAUAUUAGCUUAUUAACUUGUAUCCUUAUUUUAAUAAGAAUAGACUGUAAUAAUAUUAAGUAGUAUCAUUUUAAUAUUUGUUUAUUUGGAUACUUCAUUAGUUUCGACAGUAUAUAAUAAUGAUUAAUUAUUUAGACUACAUUUUUUACUUCAGAUGAUCAGUGGUUGGCUGCAAAUUUAUUCUUUUUAGAUUUUUUAUUACCAAUUAGAAACAUUCUAAUGGUUUUAUUUUUAGAUUGA